AUUUGAUGGUUUGUGUCUAUUGACGUCAUCAGCAGAUAGAGAACAAAGAAAAGAUAAUAAUAUUUGAUUUCCUAUAAAUUAGUAUUGGUAUAAAGCUGGUGGGUCGAGGUAAUCUAACACAGUACUACCUUUUUUGGGGAACUAUUUACUUACUUAGAUCAUUGUUAUAAUUAACAAUGACAUCAACUAAAUUUAUAGUAGUUCUAUUAUUGAUAACAGUUAAUGCGAUCUGUUCAGAGGCUUGUAGUAGAGAAUCCAAACCGGAACCAAAACCAGCUCCACUGAAAGCUGUAGCACCAUGUAAUUGUCAGUGCCCAAAACCAACUCCGUGUCCAGUUAUGACUACAAGUAGACCAAUUUAUAAUCCAGCUCAAUUUUCAAAAUCUCAACAACCACCUCAAAAUUCAAAACCUUUUUCCUAUCAACCACCAGCUUACAAUCCGAAUUCCAAUUCAACACCAGCUCAAAGUCCAAAUUCUGAAUACAAUCCACUAACACCUCCAAUAUAUUCUGGAUAUUAUCCCGAUUAUCAAUACCCAAACUACCCAAGCUAUCCUGGCAAUGUUCCACCGUUUUCUGGCUCUCAUGAAAACGAAGAACCGAAAAACCCCCAGCCUUCGAAUAAUGAAGCUGUAAAACCAAUUGCUACUCCUAUUGGAUUCGGUUUUGAGGUGAUUAAAACCCAGCACAACAGAACUGAAAAAGGAUGGUCAAAACACACUUCCAGCGGGCAUACUUGGUGAAUGAUCAAUGAUCAGCGCGUUCAAAAUGUCCAAAAAAUCAAAAAUUGAUUGAAGAGCUAUUUGUUGUGAUUUGGAAAAACUAAAAAAUUUAAAUGAAUCUUUAAAAAAAUAGUUACUUUUUAAAAAUGAUUUUUCUUUGAAUUUGUUGAAGAUCGGAAAUGUAUCUAAAUGUUUUAAAUAAAUCUAAAAAGCCU